UUGUGAUUUUCAUUUCUUGUAGGAUGAUGGAGUUUUGUCACUGAAAACAUUCUCUCUCCACACAUUUUGCAUUGUGUUUACAUACCCCUCUCUUUAAGGACAACAAGGUAUUCUUGUCCACAAUGGACAGUUGUCCUUGGAUGUUUUCAUAUUCAAAUUCUGACUUAAUGUGGCAACCGCAGAGUAUGAACAGGAUUAAUACACUGCUGUGAGCAGCAUCCAUCAGCACAGAAAGAGCAGAGAUCAGAGGCUGACGAGAGCAGGAAGAGGGAAAGGUAACUUAGUUGGUUUUUAUUCUUAUGUGUUGUCUCAAUAAUGAAAACACCCCUCAGUACAGCACAGUAUUUAUUCAAUAAAUAAUUUGUGAAGCUUACCACAUAAUGUUAAGCUUUUGUUGACACUGUGCCAGAGGGGUAUUUUGAAUUAUUUAACAAAUAUAACUUGUUGUGGACUCUUUUCAUUUGAACUGUAAUUCGGCAUAAGAAAUAUGGAGUCUGACAUGUGCCAGCUGAAUGGACAGUUACAAUGUUCAAAUAUAGACAACUAACUGCACUGACCAACUUUAGAAAGCAAUUAUAAAUUAACUGAUUUUGAAUUGAAAUAUGAUAAGCGGUAUAGAAAAUGGAUGGAUGGAUGGAUAAUUCUAGUUCUUUACGUCAUGCUUAAAUAAAAUUAAUUAUCAAAUUAAAGAAAAACAGAAUUAGAUAAAAAAAAAAAAAACAGAAUUUGCACCACUUUUAAUUCAGGAGUUCUUGACGGAUGGCUUUACCAGCAGGACACAUCGUCAGUUGUGUACCUCAGCAUCACGGGGUGUUUUGGCCAGGUUCAUCAAGUAAUUCGAUGCUGCCACAUCUUUGGGUUCAGCACUUCGUUGUGAGAUGUGUACAACAUUGGAGAAAUGCUCUCAAAACACUUGCUACAGCUCUGUGAUUGGGAAACAUAUGUUAACAAACCUCCAAACAAGGUGUUUCUGUUAUUUCACCCAGGCUCAGUGCAUUAAGCCAUCGUCAUAUCUGAUUUAUUUAUGAUUUGCUUAUUUUCCUCACAUUCCUCUCUCUUAUUAGACUACAACACACCUUGAGUGACAGCAGCGCUGUAGUUUAUUUAAACUGAACAUUCAGUAAGUGAUGUGGAUUUACUCUCUUGAAAUCACUGUGUUUGGUUCACUGCACACUCAAACAUCAGUUUCUUCUAACAGAGCAAAGAUGCUGUGGAGUCUGUUUCUGUUCAUUCUGUUGGGUCAGUGUUCCUUCCUCACAUGUCAACUCUAUGAAUACCAAUUCAUUGCUGAUGAAAAGAGCUGGGAGGAAGCCCAGAUGUACUGUAGAGAGAAUCAUACAGACUUGGCCACAGUGUUUGACAUGAAAGAUGUGAAGAGACUCCAAGAUGAAGGUGAAGGUAAAGGUAAAGGUAAAGGUGAAGGUAAAGGUAAAGGUGAAGGUAAAGGUAAAGGUGAAGGUGAAGGUAAAGAAGCCUGGAUUGGGUUGUUCAACCAAACAAGCCCAAAUGAAUGGAAAUGGUCUCUGCCAGGGGUGGAGUUCAAUGAGACAGAAUGGGGUUCUACAGAACCAAAUGAUAAAGUAAAACCAGAGAACUGUGUGAGGAUGAUCGCUCACAAAUGGCAGGAUAUCCCCUGUGAUGAGAAACAACGCAGAUUUAUCUGCUAUGAUGAAACCAAUACAACACACAAAUUCCAUCUGAUCAAACAGGAGAAGAAAUGGCGAGAGGCUCAGAGUUACUGCAGAAAUUAUCACACAGACCUGGUCAGUGGAAUAAAACAGCUGAAUGACAGUGAGCUAAGAAGUAACAACAAUUUGUCAAAUAAAUCUGAUGAAUGGAUAAUCGGCCUGUUCAGAGACACCUGGACUUGGUCAGAUGGGAGCAGCUUCUCUUUCAGACACUGGAAUGAAAGCUUUUCUGACAGUCAGACAAACGACAAACAAUGUGCUUUGAUCAUGUUGGAUAACAAAGGCAGAUGGAAGAGUGAAAGCUGUAACUCAACAAAAUCCUUUUUCUGCUAUGAUGAUAAAAUAAUCCUAAUCAAGGAAGAAAAGACGUGGGACGAGGCCUUGGAUUACUGCAGGGAGCACCACAAUGACCUGGUCUCCAUCACUAACCUUGGUGAGCAGAGAUGGGUCCAACAGAAAGCCAAGAACGCCACAACGACCCACGUCUGGCUGGGUCUGCGCUACACCUGCGCUCUGGAAUUCUGGUUCUGGAUGAGUGACGAGGCCGUCAACUAUGAGAACUGGGCCUCAGGUGGAAAGGAGGAUGGCUGUGACAUGUCUGGAGCCAUGGAGACGGGAGGAGAACAUAAGUGGGUCAAGCUUCCUGAUGCUGAGAAGUUCAACUUUAUUUGUUCCAAGGAGUAAAACUUUUUUGUUUUGUGGUUUUUGUUUUUAUCUUGAAUGAGCUUACUUUACAUCUACUCUCUGGGUUUAUUCAGUUUGAGGCAAAGCGCUACAUGCACAUUAAAGUCAGUUACAAAGUAGUGAAAGACUGCAAAAAAGGGUCGCAAUGAAAUGAAAAAAUCUGCAAAAACAAUUCCAACAUUUUCCCUCGGGA